AUGAAUAUUCAGUACACAAAUGAUUUUAGAUCAAUACCACCGCUACUUCCGCCUCCAUUAGCACAAAUACCUGGAACAUACAGUAUGGAUGAUUUCCAAAAACAGUUCGUUGCAUUUCUUCUCGAGUUGAGAGAAGAGCAUCUAUUACCGUUAAACAUCACAACAAUCAUUACAAAUAAAUUUGUCCAGUUAUUAGCUAUUGUCAGUACGUUAAUCUCACAAAAAGCGAACGACGAUCAAACAGAUAAAAAUGAUAAUAGAUUCAAACUUGAUUCCGUGUCGCAAAUAAUAAAUGAUGCUACAGAUGUCGUUCAACGAACCACAAGAAAUGAAUCUCAAUUCAUAAAAAUGUGUGAAAAAUUCUUUGAUUAUUUACCACCAAAAGAAAUAGUUCUAUUCUCAUCAACGCCGCCACCAUCUGUGCAACGUUCAACGACUACAAAAGUAUCAAAAGCCAAAGAUGUUGCAUAUUAUAUCCCAAUCCGUGAAUCUCUAACCCAGGUAUUAUCAAAAGAUGAUAUGAUGCAAUUGUUAAUUGAUAAAAUAAAACAAGAAGAAGAACAAAAAAUCAAAGACGACGAUCUUAUGUACUCAUAUCGAGAUGGUGAUUACGGAAAAGAUGUUAAAAACGACACAUUUUUAUUACAACUUUACACAGAUAGUGACAUACCCGAUUUAUUUCGAUCUACUCUUCAAUCCAUCAUGUUAUUAGCUAUUAUUCACACAGAACAUUUAAAAAAUGAUGAAUAUGCACAACGUUUUUACCAGGCUUUAAGUGAUGAUUUAAAUCAUUUACAAAAUGUUGGCUUGUCAAUUGAUGCUUUUAGCUCACGAAUAUCAUUUACAUUUACAACAAUUGCAGCCGAUAAUCUUGCUGCUCAUGAAGUAGCAGGCUUCCAACAAUCGUUUUCAAAUGGCUUUUUUUGCAGACGUUGUCUAAUCAAAUACAAUUUAAGAACAUUACCAUUGACAGAUACAUCGUUUCUGCCACGAACCGAACAACAACAUCAACGUGUUAUUGAAGAAAUCAAGAAUCAAAAUCUUUCAUCCUUAAAUGGUGUUAAUGGUGAAAGUCAUUUUAAAGAAUUAAUUCGUUUCCACCCUACAAAAUCCUUUCCGGGUGACGCAAUGCAUGAUUUUUGUGAAGGCACAAUACCCAUGAUUAUGAUGAGUAUGUUAAAAGAAGCAUCGAGAAGAAAGUUAUUAACUUAUCUGAAAAUAGAAGAGCGUACAUUAAAUUUUACAUAUGGCCAACAUGAUAAAUCAGAUAAACCACCAACAAUUCAGAUCAAACAUAUGAAUAAAGAACGUCUUAUUGGGAGUGCUUCUCAAAAACUACUUUUAUUUAGAUUGUUUCCUAUUAUAUUCUAUGAUGUCAUUGAUCAACCAGACACGUUUAAAAUUUACAUUGUUCUUAGAGAAAUGGUUGAAAUUAUUUUGGCACUACCAAUUAGAAGAAGUUGGUUACCUCAUUUAAAAACUCUAAGUACUCAUUUUCAUUCAUUAUUAUCUCAUUAUUUACCUGAUAAAAUGCCUCCAAAAGUGCAUUUUUGUUGUGAGUAUUUUUCCAUUAUCCGUAAUUUUGGUCCUCCAGUCAGAUAUUGGUGUAUGCGAUAUGAAGGCCGGCAUCUGUAUUUUAAAAAAUUAGCAUUAAGAACGAGUAAUUUUAGAAAUAUUACAAAAACACUAUCAACACGUAAUCAAUUGAGGCAUUGUUCGACAUUAUCAAAAUGCCGUUUUUUUAAGUUAAAUGACGAAACAGCUGGAGCGAAAACAGUGAAGAUAAUGAAUUACGAUGGUGAAAUCAAAAAGCUAUUAAAUACAAAAUUUAAUAUCGAUUGUUCGCAACACGGAGCGAUUCUUGAAUGUACAACGCUGAUAAAAAACCAUGCACAUUAUAAACAAUACUCGGUGAUUGUGUACAAAAUUAUACAUGAAGAAGACGUACCGUUGUUUUUUAUAAUUCAUCAUAUAAUUAAAGUCAACACAAAUUGGAUAUUUAUUAUUGAAGACUUGACAACACAUUCAUUCAAUGAACAACUAUGUUCAUAUCGACUUGAAUCAACUGGAAGAUAUGAAAUCGCUUAUCCAGAAAAUCUAAACUAUUUUCAUAAACUAUUAGAUUUAUAUGACGUGAAGGAGAAUCAGAUUGAUGGUGAAACAUUAGAAAUGAUGUCAACGAUCCCAUUAAUCAGUCAUAUUAUACCAAAAUAUAAAGAUCAAUUGAAAUUUCUGUCUGAGCGAGAACCAUUGUUUUCAUCCUCCGUAACAACAGUCACUACAAAUGAUACGUUAUUGUCGAAUAUUCUAAAUGAUUUACCUAGUUUUUCGGCAUCAUCAGUAAUUUUACCGACAACAACGUCAUAUUCGCAUCAUCUAUUAUCAAAUUUUAAAGAACCACUUUCGAAAGAAGAACAUAUUAAUGCCUUAUUAGAUGAUAUGGAUGAUGUUAGGAUAAAUGAUAAUGAUUCGUUUUUACAGCAAAUGACAACAAUGACUGGUAGUUUAAUACAUGAAAAGAAAAGAAAAAUUACUCUUCCUGAGAAUUACCCAAUGCCAGCCUUACCAUCAAUAAUUGAACAAGCUAUUGAAACUGGUGAUUUCAGAAAAUUUGAUAAUUAUUGUAAUUAUCGUUCAGUAGUCGUUGAUGCGAUAUUUCACGAUUUACAUCAUAAGUAUGAAUUACUGUAUCCAGAAAAACGUGAUUAUGACAAUGUUCAAUCGUGGAAAAAUUCUCUUCAAACAAAAUUCAAAAAGGGACGUAAACCAUUAGCCCUAAUGAAUGAAGAGGUGAAACGAGCAAUAACAAAAUAUUCUCAUGUACAGUCUGGUCGAAAAAUCAAAAAACAAACCACGGAAGAAGCUGAAAGACAAACAGAUCGAUUCGUUGUUAUACAGAAUAUUGAAGAUGAAGAUGAUGUGCAAGGAAAUAUUGAAUUUAUGAGAGAAGAGCUAUCAAAAGAAUCACCAGAUAUUGAUCGUUUACGUCGCAGUUGGAGAAUUACAUUGAAGGCUAGACGCGAUUUUGUUAGUCAGAAUAAAUCGAUUGAUAUACUGAAAGAAUAUCCAGGCUAUCGUCUGCCAAACUUGGAACCAUCAUCACCGUAUCCAUGUCUAACAUAUACAGAUCAUACAAUAAAUGUUAUGCUUGAUCGACAAGUAAUUUGUUCUGAAACAAGAAUUGAUCAAGCUAUUGCAUUAUGGAUGGCAACAUAUCACAUAUUUGAAAUUAAAUUUCAACAUCAUAAUCGUGCAGCAAGAUUAUUAUAUUGUAUGAUAUUAAAAGAUAAAUCAUUUGCAACAUCAACAGUGCGACAACUACUGAAUGAAUUAAAUAUAAAUAUUGAAGUAAAUGUACCAAAAAUUACAACAAGUCAAAAACAAGAUUUAUCAACAUGUCCAAUAGCUAAAGUGGUCCCUGAUUCAUUUGAAGAAACAGGUUCAAUAAAUAAUAUCAUUAAUGAGCGACAACAACAGAAUGCUACAGAUGAAAAUGUUGAAAAUGAUAAUAGUAAUGAUAUGAAUGAAACAGAAAAUACUGCUCCACUAAGAGCAUCAGUAUCAAGUUUAGAUUCAAUAACACCAACAACAGUCAGCACAUCAGUACAAAACCCAGUCAGCACAAAUAAUAAGCAACCAUGCAAGAACAAGAGAAAACAAAUUACCAAUAGUUUGGAUGAUUUAACAAAUGUUAACUAUGAUGAGACAAAUACGACAGUCACACUAAGAUCUUCAAAGCGACGAAAAAUUUAA